GGCGACUACACGGGGUCGCGCACAAGCCUGUCACACGGAGACGCGCACCGGGACAGCAGCCGCAGCAUCUCUCGUUCUCGGCAGGUGAUGGGGAUGUCGCUGGCGUAGACGGUGGCCCCUUUGCCUGGGUGUGAACAGCAGACACCACAACGGGCAGCCGGUCGCAAACUAGGAGGGGUCGCAUCCCGAAUAUGAGGAGCGAGCGGGAAACGCCGCCGUCCGUACUGAGGGGCAACCGGGAGAACCGGAGCAGUGACCGGAAGAGCAGGGAGGUGGAAGGAAGCGCCAUGAAACAACGGGAGGAGAGGAAGUCGGCCCUCAGCAAGGUGGUAAUUCGUCGCCUUCCUCCCAGCAUCAGUAAAGAACAACUAGAAGAGCAACUGCAUCCUUUGCCUGCACAUGAUUACUUUGAAUUUUGUACUGCUGAUCAAAGUUUAUACCCACAUCUCUUUUCUAGAGCCUAUAUUAAUUUUAGAAAUCCAGAUGACAUCUUCCUGUUUAGAGAUAGGUUUGAUGGAUUUAUCUUUAUUGACAACAAAGGUCAGGAGUAUCCUGCUGUUGUUGAAUAUGCACCUUUUCAAAAAAUUUCCAAAAAGAAACUGAAGAAAAAAGACACAAAGGCUGGAAGUAUUUUUGAAGACUUAGAGUACAAGAAGUUUUUGGAAAACUAUUGUGCAGAUGAGGAAAAAAUCUGUGCAAACCCAGAGACCCUUCUGGGAGAAAUUGAAGCAAAGACAAAGGAACUCAUUGCAAGAAGAACGACUCCACUUCUUGAGUAUAUUAAAAAUCGAAAGUUGGAAAAGCAGAGGAUGAGAGAAGAAAAAAGGGAAGAAAGGAGGAGACGUGAGUUGGAAAAAAAGCGAUUAAGGGAAGAAGAAAAGAGAAAAAGGAGAGAAGAAGAAAGACGUAAAAGAAAGGAGGCAGACAAGCAAAAGAAGCUGUGUGAAAAAGAAAUUAGGAUCAAGCUUCUAAAGAAACCUGAAAAGGGUGAUGAUGUCAUUAGUGACAAACAAAAAGAGAAAAUAGAAGGAAUUGAGGUGGAAGAAACAAAAUGGGAAAAGUCUACUUCUGGGUCCACUAAGAGUCGAGCCUUUGAAAGCUUUGCCAAGGACUUUAAAGAAAAGACACAGAAUGACAGUGACAAAGAACAAAGGGAUAUUGAACGGAGAUACCGGGAUAAAGAACAAGAACGGCAAAGGUAUCAUCGCAUGGAUGAUAGCAGAAAGCCAAGGAACCAUUAUGAGUUUGAAAAGUAUCUGAGGAGGAACGAAGAAGAUCAGAAAUGGGGAAAAGGAUUCAACCAAGAUCGUGCCAAGAAAGGAGGCCAUAACAACAGUUAUACAGCGGAUGCAGUAGACAAACUGGGUAAAGAGGACAAGUGUGAUGACAUGGCAUCCAAAAAGGAGCGCAUAAGAAAUAAGGAUCGCCCGGCCAUGCAGCUGUACCAACCAGGAGCUCGCAGUCGCAUAACUACAGGAUUUACAAGUAAAUAUGUAGAAGAGGCUUAUUGCAGAAAGAAUGAUGCAGACAAUAUAUCAGGACGAAGCUCAGAGAAGAGUGAAGGUGCUGGGUAAAACAUACAUGCUAAGAAGAAACUUCUGUGUUCUAGUGCUCUGUCCUAUAUAAGACAGUGGGGGCCUUAAACUAUGGACUAUACAAGCUUAAGCCAAACCACAUCUUGCCUGCCUCAUUCUUUCCCCAGAAAGAAAAGUGGAAUGAUCUUCCUUGCAGUUUUGUUCACCCUCUUAGUGCCAAAGAGCUUCUAAUAAAUCUUACCACAUACAA